AUGGUGAGGGUAGUAUUUUCCGUGAUCGCAAUCUUUGCCUUCACUUAUUGUGAUGGUCAAGUACGUUACGAUCCGACAUGGGAAAGCUUAGAUAAGAGACCUCUUCCUCAGUGGUUUGACGAGGCGAAAUUCGGUAUCUUCUUACAUUGGGGCGUCUACUCCGUGCCCAGCUUUGGCUCUGAAUGGUUUUGGAGUAAUUGGAAGAGUGGAAAUAAAGACAUUGUUUCGUUUAUGAAAAAGAAUUACCCGCCGAAUUUCACCUACCAAGAUUUCGCGAAGGAUUUUUCCGCGCAGCUCUUUGAUCCGAACGCGUGGGCGAAACUGUUUGUUCGGGCAGGUGCCAAGUACGUCGUACUGACAAGCAAGCAUCAUGAAGGGUACACGCUUUGGCCGUCUAAGUAUUCAUUCAGCUGGAAUGUUCGAGAUGUGGGUCCCAAUCGAAAUUUACUAGGUGAACUGGCGGCCGCUGUUAGGACCACCAACGUCAGAUUUGGCGUGUAUCACUCUCUGUACGAGUGGUAUAAUCCCCUUUACUUGUCUGAUAAAGGGUCGAACUUCACCAAGAACAAUUUUGUUUCACAAAAGGUUAUACCAGAAAUGAUGGAGUUGGUGCAAGACUACACGCCCGACGUCAUUUGGUCGGAUGGCGACUGGGAAGCGAAUGACACCUACUGGAAGUCGACUGAGUUUUUGGCGUGGUUGUACAACGAAAGUCCCGUGAAGGAUACGGUAGUUGUUAACGACCG